AGGAGUGACGUUGGAGUUGUUGUGCGGGGUGGACGCUUGUCGAUUUUUUGUUUACUUGUAAAUUAAAUUACACUUUUAAAAUUCGUGAUUGGUGAAUCAGUGAAGUUCUCAAUUUUCGUUUACUCUUACGGGACUUAAAUGGAUUAGCUCCUCCCACUGGGCGUGUUUUGAGCAGGAUGGCACCAUUUUUGUGAGCUUGACCAAGUGCGUCGCGGAGCUGUCAGCGUGGUGGUGGGACCCGCCGCGGCUGGGAUUCGAACCGGGUGCACUCUGCAUGCGAGGCGGGCGUUCGCCGACUGCGCCAUCGACUACGUAGCGGCCGCGACGAAACGAGCGAGCGCUAAGUGGAGCGCGCGGUGUGACGUCAUACACUGCAUCGGCGCGCGCGGCGGUCCGGUGACUCAUUGUUUACUUCAUUCGUGCCGCGCGAGGAUAAGAGUUGCAAAUACUUAUUUAAGGAUAGAAUUUGAAUAGAGCAAAUAUAUACAAACUUAACAAUGCAGUGCCUUGGUUGUCAGCUAACUGUAAUUGCUACUGAAGCAUUGGCAUGUAAUAUUUGUAAAGGCAUUUAUCACUAUAAAUGCGUAUGCAUUAGCAGCGAGUAUUAUAAUGCUCAUUUACAGCAGCUUAAUAAAACAUGGCAAUGCCCGUCGUGCGGCAAUGUAACAUCACGUAGGAAGGGCGCUGAUGGAACGCCCGUACGAGGUGUUCAACCUACACCUAGGGAGAUCAUGAAUGUCUCACUUUUAAAUGACCUGCGUGGCGGGCAGCAUGAUGACACCACAUGCCAAGCUGAUAUGUCCUGUGAUGAAUCCCUGCUUGACCUGACAAAUACGCUAGAUAAUACAAAUGUGACAUUGCCGGAUAGAAGCAAAACAUCUCUUCCGCCCGUGGCUGAUUUGCACGGUACUAUCAGUUAUAAUAUUUUUUCAAAAUUGCUGGAUUCCAAGUUAAAUGCAUGCAAGGAGGAAAUAAAUAAUAGCAUAAGCCACGCCACGGAGGAGUUGAGAAAAAAUUUCAGCUUGACCACUGAUGCUAUUUUGGCUGAAAUGGCUACUUUAAGGACACAUGUAGGGACAUUAUCACAGAAAGUUGACCUUUUAGAGAAGGAAAACAUCAGUUUAAAAUUAGAAUUGGACUCAGCAAAAAAGGUAAAUGCAGGGAGCGAUAAUUCGGCUUUGCUGCAAGAUACGAUAAGUACUAUUACCCGCAUUCAAGAAGACUUGAACGAGCGGGACCAGCAGGCUUUGUUGAAUGACAUCGAAAUAACAGCAGUCCCUGAGUUCAAGGGAGAAUCACCCAUGCACAUAUUUGUAGGCAUCGCCUCUAAACUAGGCUUGAAUCUGGAAGAGCAUGAUGUAGUUCAUGUCGGCCGAGUGGGGCCGGUGCACGGCGACGGCGACCGACUAGAAGGCGCGGGGUCGGUGCGUUCCCGCCCCCGCCCCAUCGUCGUGCGUCUGGCAAGGCGCUCGGUUCGAGACCAACUUUUAAAGAACUCAAGAGUGCGUCGAGGUACUACGUGCGCUGACCUUGGAUUGCCGGAACAUCAACACCGACCAUUUUAUGUUAAUGAGCGCUUAACGAAAACCAAUCGGAUUUUAUUUGGUAAAGCCCGCGAAUUAAAGCGGGCUCAAAAUUGGAGAUUUGUGUGGACCAAGGAUGGUCGUGUUUUCGCAAGAAAAUCUGAAACCUCCAAGGUACACUACAUUCGAUCCGAGAGGGACCUGUGUCGUGUUUUUGAGGUGGAGCCUACCAGUGACUGUAGUAAAUAAUAAUGUGCGAAAGAGUUUCUGUGCUAUAGUGUGUAUACGAUAUGGGUUAUCUUUUAUUAUUUUCUCAUGGGAAUUUUCCUUAAGACUGUUUAUGUUAGGAAUUAGUCGUUUAUACUUGGUUUAUUGUUGUGUGAGCCAUAUGAUAUGCGUUUUAAUUUAUUGUAGGGCAAUUUAUCAAGUACUGCUGGAUAUGCUGACUUUUAUAACCACUACACUAGUCAUAUAUAUGUAUAUUAUGUUCAUAGCAAUUGAUCAAUCCAUUGUCAACUCUUCGUUGGCUAUAAUUGUUGCCUGUCAUUUCUUUCUUAGACCCCUGAUUGCAGUUUAUAUCAAACCUCAAUUUCCCAUGGUUCUUUUUCUUGUAAAUAGUUAAAACAAAAUCUUUCAAAUUUGGGCUUUUCAAUGCGGGGUCACUUUGCAAUAGCCACAAACAUAAUGAUUUCAUAGUAGCGGCUGAAC